AUGAUAGUCGACUUCUUUCGCAGGGACGGCAUUUUGUCCGCUGUUCAGUUCAUGGGGUACCCAGAGCCACAAGCAGACCCGCCAAUAUACGACAGGAUCCGACAGUUGCCCAGCAUAGGCAACACCCUCCGUCUUGCAGACUACAGCAAUUUAGCGCUGGAAAUGGCAGAGAUGACGAAUACUCGCAACAGGCGGAACGCGUACUGGACGCUUACCAUGGAGUACGAUAUCCUUCUCUUGAGAUCCGCUCUCGAUCUCUGGGUGCAGACCACCGAGCCGCACUCCUCCAGAUUCCAAACCGCGUUCGACGUCAAUCACAUCACCCCCGCGAUGCGGAACAGAGCUUCGCGUGAGGAAGGGCUGGGAGAUCUAUAUGGGCUGGAAGGGCCCGACAUACCGCUGACACUCAUACUUCUCACCGGGACGUGGGACAAGGAGAGUGACGACGAGGAAGUCACGGGGAUUCUGAGAGGGUUGGGAAAUAGUAUUGAGGAUCUUGCGAGGCAGUGCGGGAAAGGCUGUGGGUUCAAGUAA